AUGGAUUCGAAACAUUUGAGACUUUUGGUGUCAACUGAUGAGUUAGUCCCUGUUGGUCUAGAAGUCGGCAUGGGCUAUAGAGGUUCAACAGUGAUCUCGAGGGAUCGCAUUAAAGAUGUUGGCAUUCCCGGAGUGAAGCCGAAGCGCGCGGAUAUGGAAGAUAUUUCCUUCCCCGCACCUGCAGGAAUUCUGCAUACAGAUUGGCUUAUCCACCUUAUCCGAUGUUUUACCGGGAAUGGACUCUCUUGCACUGACACCGAUCGACAGUUUGAGUUAAUCAAUCUUCGGGUUGAUACGAAACCGACACUUGCCGUGACCAAGGCGCCAGGCAUACCUCUACUUCAGGCAUUAAGCUCUGUCUGCUGGGAUUCUAAUAUGGCACCCUUUCCAACUAUUGUCUUCGUGCCGGGCGCAUGGCACAGCCCGGAAUGUUAUCGCAGAGUGAUCGACCAACUCGAAGCUGCGGGGUACGAGACGGACCUCGUCCAUCUUCCCUCCGUGGGACCAACCCAGCACUUACCAGACUUCUCUGCCGAUGUUGCCGAAAUACGAAGCCAUCUAGAGCACCUAGUCGAUGCCGGCAAGACGGUCGUGCUCGUGGUACACUCUUACGGAGGAGUGCCUUCGAAUGAAGCCGUCAAAGGGCUUGACUGCGGUAGCCGGCAAAGUAACGGUCAAGCCGGCGGCGUGGCUCAUAUCUUCUUCUGCUGCUCGUUCAUUAUCCCCGAAGGAAAAUCUCUCCUCGGCGCCUUUGGGGGCAACGACUUGCCGUGGUUCACUGUUUCUGCUGAUCGCCUGGAGGUCAAUCCAGACAGACCCGACGAGAUAUUCUACAAUGACAUUUCGGAAGAAGAUGUCCGUGCGGCCGUCAGAUCUCUAAAGCCACACAGUUAA